ACCCAUUAGUGCAACAACAUAAAAAUAUAUGUAGCUCGAAAUAAGAGGCGAAUAUUCUUUGAAUUACAAAUCUACGUACAUACAUCCGUGAAAUAUAACAUAAAUAUAACAUCAAUGCAAUGAAAUUAAUAUUAUGUCACGAGCAAACCGUUCUAACAAAUUUUACCGAUCACACCGGCUUUUAACACACGUGUCUUGUUGCUGUCGCACAUCGCAAAGCUUGAAAGCUCCCAAUGCGACUGCGAGGCGGCAGGUGAAUCCGUCGCGCGAUUGCGUAAUGAGAAACGCGGGUAAUUUCGCCGGGGGCCUCGCCGUGACGGAGAUAUGAGUUAUAGAUCGCUGGCCGCGCACAAUGCCGCCUGUAACGACAUAUUUCGCCGAUUUCAGGAGUGCGAGAAUGAGCAUCCGUACCGGAGGUUUCUGGGCUACUGCGAGCACAUCCAGCGGGAGAUGAACAAGUGCAUAAAGGAACAGAGAGAGAUUCGCAGGGCGGAAAGUUCGCAGUUCCGAAGUAAGAGGUUAGCAACGGUACAGCCGCCGCAGCCAGGAAGCAGCAGCUGAUCGUCGCGCGUGAAUAGUUCGCCUGGCAAUUCGACCACCCAAAGACUGUCGGAAUCUAUUUUUGCACCGUCGCGUGUCACUCGUUGACAAUUGUGGAUUAUUAGGAUCCCAUUCCAGUUGCACGCACACGCCAAUUCUAGAACCGGGCAUGAAUCUGAUAUCGGAGGUCGACGGGCCGAGAGCCAAACGACUGAAAUCGGAAGAUGAUUGUAAAGGUAGAUCCUGCGAUCGAGAGGCGGCAGGCGACUCGCAGGGAAGUCUGGCCGAGGAUACUCCCGAUGCGGCAGAGGUCUCUCUUCGACAGGAGCAGGAGGAGGAGGAGAGAUUAGGGGACAGCGACAACGAGGCGUCGGCGAUGGUUGACGGCGACGACGACGAGUCGUUUACGUUGCCUCCCGACGAGGACAUCUCCGACAUGCUGGACGAGGUACAAUACAGCGGUUACUUUCCUACCAUUACGGAUCGCUAUUUUACUCCGUAUUACAAAGUAGACGUGCAAUCGCCCGGGGACGAUAUGUGCGUGUGGAUUCACAGUAAUCGUAUCUGUAUGCUGUCCUUGGCGCCCAGUCAUGUGAUCUUGCAAGACGACAAAGGUAUAGAGAAGGUGGACUUUAAGGUGAGCGACAAGCUGGACAGGUUGUUAAACAAAGUCUCAGGGAAGGGGAAGCACGGCGCGCAACCGCUGCAGACCAACUCGAAUGUCUGCACUAUAUCUUGCUUGGACGGGCAAAAGUACGUCAUCAAGUGCUGUAUGAUAGGAAAGUUAGUGGAAGUCAACGAGGCGUUGUCGGAGGACCCGCAACUUCUCAGGGAACCGCCGCAUAAAGGUGGAUACCUGGCUAUAAUAUUGCCGAAUAUAAAACUGCUGGAUAGCUUAAAGCGGUCUCUGUUGACUCGCGACGAGUAUGUCGAGCUUAUCAAAGAAAGGGAAGAGAAGUGACGUAUGGGAAAAGGAAAGUUUAAUCUAGAGCUUACAGUUGCUGAGACAAUUUUGUCAAGAAUUGUGUAACAGCAAUAAUUUGUAAGGAACUAGAUAGCAAAUAUUAGAUUUGAAACAAUUCAGGCAAUAGACAAAUAAAUUUGUUUGAUUUUCUUAUCCA